UGUGGCUGCUCGGGGCUGCUAAGCAAAUACCAUCUCAGGCCGGGUUGGAUAGGACCCAAUCGCAUUUUCUAUAAUUUGGAAAUUAUAUAUAGCUCGACGGGAGAGUGUUUUAAAUUUAAGUGGAUCAGAUUGUAACCAAGCCAUUUGGGCUUAUUUAAACAUUUUAUAUUGGCUAUUUGUUUUGUAUUAAUUUAAAUGACCCCGACUCUCACCAAUGGUGUAAGCUGUGUUCAUCUCUACAUGGGUAAACAAUUUUGAUCAUCGGGCAUUUUGUUAUUUAUUUUAAAUCAUUUUUUAAGUGAUAUUGUUGUACUCUCGAAAGGGAGUCCCUUUACGGAAUACAGCUGGAUUGCAUAGGGGAAUCUUCAAAUCUGUCUGGGCUAGGAGGAGAUUCGAUUUUUUUCCAUCCGGGAGUGGGGGAUAAUAUGUCCAGGCGAAAACAGAACAACCCCUUCAAAGUUAAUUGUAGGUAUCUCAGGGCCCUUCCACAGCACCGGCUUUGCAGGCCCCCUCCACACUAUUAACAUGGAUGGCAGGGACGAUUUCAUUGAGGACAGCGAAUGCCACAGCAACAAUUCCCAACAGGACAGCAUUUCAGGGCUGUGUUUGCCUCCAUAGAAGACAGUGAUAGCGACCUGGACAACCACGACUCAUCCUCCAACACCUCAGCUGACGACCACAUGACCUCCACCAAGAGAGCACACCACAGGGGAGUUAAAGAAGAGAGCGAGGAGGGGGCCGACCUGAUGAGCAGCUGUGUGUGUCCUCUGUGCACCCUGGAGUUCAGCAGCCCCGAGCAGCUCAUCACACACGUCUACCAGCACACAUCGUUGAUGGGCAGCAGUAAGAACUACGUGUGCCCAGUGUGUGGGCGCGCGCUCAGCUCGCCAGGCUCCCUGGGGCGCCACCUUCUCAUCCACUCUGCGGACCGCCUCUCCAACUGUGCUGUGUGUGGGACACGCUUCACCGACACCAACAACUUCAACAGGGAGAAGCUCAGAGAGGUCCUGAACACAGGCAGCAGUAUGGAAUGCAGCAGUGGAGAUGAGAACUGUUCCAUGUCCCGGUCUCUCUCCAGCAGCCCCAUGGGCAACCCCGGUCAUGGCCUGGGACACGGCCACGGGCCCAGCCACAACCAAGGACACAACCCUGGCCGUGGCACAGGCCACAUCCCGGGACACAGCCAAGGCCCGGGAUACAACCCUGGCCACAACCAAGGACAAGGACAUGGCCCAGGACACAACCAUGGCCAUGGUCUCGGACACCUCCCAGGCCACCCACUCCCUUCACUGCACCACAGCCUCCUCUCUUCACCCCCCUCCUACCCUGACGCCCUCAGCCCCUCACCCGGCCUACCCAUGCUGCCAGACAUCCUGAGCCCCAUGCCUGUGCACCCGGCCGGAGUGCUGCUGGUGUGCAACAGCUGUGUGGCCUACCAGCAGCUGGUGGACGCCCAGUCUCCCAUGAGGAAGUGGGCCAUGCGCAGGAAGAACGAGCCGGUGGAGGCACGCAUGCACCGUCUAGAGCGCGAGCGCUCUGCCAAGAAGACCAAGCGGGAGCACGAGUCACCUGAGGAGCGGGAGCUGCGGAGGCUGCGGGACCGCGAAGCCAAGCGGAUGCAAAGGCUGCAGGAGACAGAGGAGCAACGGACACGGAGGCUUCUGCGCGACAGGGAGGCCAUGCGGAUGAAGAGGGCCAACGAGACGCCAGAUAAGAGGCAGGCCAGGCUGAUCCGUGAGAGAGAGGCCAAGAGACUGAAACGGCGGCUAGAGAAGAUUGACCCCUCCCUGAGAGGUCAGAUAGAGCAUGACCCAGCUGCUAUGGCUGCCCUGACGGCAGACAUGAGCCUGUUCCAGUUCCCCUGCCCCAUGCCUGUCCCCUCUCUGGACAACAGCCUCUUCAUGAAGCUGCCCUAGCAGGACCAGGUCACUGGGGGUAGCACACUGGACCACUAACAGUUAUCAUGGCCUCUCCACUACGCCUGUGGGUUGCCAUGGCCACAGAUGGAACCAUUCCAUACUGGUUGAAAUUCCAGCAGCUUCUGUGUCCAACGACUUGAUACCCAAACUCCUGUGUCAGCAAAUAACAUUAAUUUAUUACAGACUAGCAGGAAAUAAGAGCAGGUUCAAGAAUGUUUCACUUAAUUGUAGGUAUUGAUAAAGCAUGUUGUAAAGAGAUUUCUUCUGUUUUGGGUGCAAGCAGACUUUGACAUACCAGCCCAUUGUGACAGGAGGAGUUACACCCUUCCAUCUUUUGCACAUGGACCUUCAGUGUUGGGAAUGAGUCACGUAGCCCAUAGCUCUCUCCCUCGCCUCUUGUCCCUUCUGCUAGCAAAGUCGCUGGAGUUUACCGGUAGCUACACCUCUCUCACGCUGCCAACGUGGGUCUCUGCUCUGGCUAGCUCAUAUCCACCCAAUCAACUACCUCAGUAAGGGGCUGAGGCCCGAGCCCUCUGUGGCCUACGUUCUGACUCCAAGCUUCUUUACACGUUACACUACAGAAGAGAAUGCAGGUUUUUUCCUUAGUUUGAGGGUGUGUUUAUAUCUUUAGGACGUAUUCACAGCUCACCAGGAGAAUAUUCAACAGGACAGAACAUUCAGUAAGACAAAGUCAGAAAUGUACUGUAUAAAACGGGAACGUUAGAAAAUGGGCCUGUUCUAUACAUCACAUUUCUAUCCGCUAUGCUCUGAAUAUGCUGUACUAUUUAAUGAGCCCUGUUUUGAGCAACAUUGUCCUCCAUUCCAGCAUAUUCUCUUCAACUCAAAAUAUACUGCCACUACUGUAGGUCUCUUUGCCUUUUAUUAGUCACGUUGACCUUCCUCAAUCUGUUUUUCCCUCGUACCUUCAACACUCAACCUUUGCCAAGUAAUUGGUAAUAAUUUACUUUUUACAUCUUCUGUUGCAUUGACAUUUUUGGCUCAUCAAACCACAAUCUUUGCUGCUGUUACUGGUCUGUAUAUGUUAGUUACCUCUAGGACAUUUAGGACUCAACAUGUGAACUGAGAGUGCUAAUUUACUUGCAUUUUUGUAAAUGCCCCAAAUUGUCAUAUUUCCUUCCUCACUUAGCCAACAUAUUGAAAUAUGCUCACACAGUUGAAGUGGGAAGUUUACAUACACUUAGGUUGGAGUCAUUAAAACUUGUUUUUCAAUCACUCCACAAAUGACUUGUUAACAAACUAUAGUUUUGGCCAGUCGGUUAGGACAUCUACU